AUAUAGAUGCGUGGUUUUUGUUUUAGUAUUACUUAUAUAUGAGUGGUUUUUGUUUUGGUAUUACUUAUAUAUGCGUGGUUUUUGUUUUGGUAUUACUUAUAUAUGUGUGGCUUUUGUUUUGGUAUUACUUAUAUAUGAGUGGUUUUUGUUUUGGUAUUACUUAUAUAUGAGUGGUGUUUGUUUUGGUAUUACUUAUAUAUGUGUGGUUUUUCUUUUGGUAUUACUUAUAUAUGUGUGGUUUUUGUUUUGGUAUUACUUAUAUAUGAGUGGUUUUUGUUUUGGUAUUACUUAUAUAUGCGUGGUUUUUGUUUAGGUAUUACUUAUAUAUGAGUGGUUUUUGUUUUGGUAUUACUUAUAUAUGCGUGGUUUUUGUUUUGGUAUUACUUAUAUAUGUGUGGUGUUUGUUUUGGUAUUACUUAUAUAUGCGUGGUUUUUGUUUUGGUAUUACUUAUAUAUGAGUGGUUUUUGUUUUGGUAUUACUUCAGUGUGUAUGAAUGGUUUUUCCAGGGACAAUGACAACCGCAGAGUAAUUGUAUAAAAUUCCGAUGCGAGGGAAAUGUACGAUUAAAGAACUGCCGUUGAUUGGUUCACUGGCUGGCGAAUAGAUAUGUGAUAUAUUGCUCAUCGUAUAAGCAAAGAAUAUUAAUUUUGAUUGCCAUAGUGUUUAGAAGAAUUAUAUUAAUUAUGACUAAUUGUAUAGUUAAAAAUGUGGUGAGAUUAUGCAAAAAGAUUUAACAUACAAAAAAAAAUAGAUCUUUUAAUGCAAGCUGUUGUGUCGCCAUGACUACAAAAAAUAUUUUAAAAAUAACAUCAUAUUGUCAAUUCGUUCAAGCUCCAAAGUAUAAUACAUCAUCGCUGAUAUAUUGUCAUUCGAAAAUAACUGGUCAAUAUGUCAACAAACGAAGAAAUACCUGUGAUCGCACAAAGUCUAGCACCAGCUAUUUCGAUAUGUACCCUUCUCGUCAGCAUUGGCUCUUACAUAACACCACACUUCUUCACAAUAACUAUAGCAGUUCUUGUAAUUGUGAUGGUCGUUGUGCAGAUGUUUCCACGCGUUGGUAACAAAGACAAUGAACUUGAGAUGUGGGUAAAACAACAACUGAAUGAAAAACGUGCAGCUAAAAGAAGUCAAGGAAGUGUGCCUGUCACAAAAGCUAGCACAACUACCCAUAUAGUAAAAGUGAGAAGAAAAGUCAACUACGAUAAAACAGGAACAAACGUCCAGCGAAAUCAAAAGUUUAUUGGAAGAGUUUCAGAGGAAGUUUAACGUGGAAAUGGACUUUUAAAUUGCAGUUGGAACACCUCUAUUUAAAAAGUGUGUUGUUCACAAAUUAAAAGGGCACAAAUCAAAGUUAAAGUCUGUAGACAAACCAAAAUAGAUGGACAUCUACUAAAAAUUUGCAGAAUGCGGAUACACUUUUACAUGCAAAAGAAUGAUUCGUCAGUAGACACGUGUUUGUUUGCAAUUGUGAAAAUCAACGUGGCAGUAAAAUUAACAUUAUGAGGUUUACAGCUAUUUGCAUCAUUCGUAUUUUAUAAUCUUGACUGUACUAUUUACAAAAAUAAGUUCAUUGCUUAGAUUUCCAAUCUGCCGUUGUUGCUCGAGAUGCAGAAACCGUAAGAGUUUUUAGUUAUCGCAUGAAGACAAGGUGUAUGACUCACUGACUUGGAUGACUCCUUGUUAGCUAUUAUUGUUUACUUUGUGGCAGUUUUUUGUCUUGAAUGUUAGUUAAUGUUAGGAAAUGCUCAAAUAAAGUGAAAGUCUUACAGAAACUAAAUCGAAGUGACUAAUACAUUAAAUAUAGUUUGCAGUUAUUUAAAGAUGUUUUUUAUGUGUCGCUGUUUAUCAUAACAUUGUAAAGUCUUCAGGGCCAACGUCUAAUCUAAAUUAAGUCACAAACAAAGCAAGAAAAGUUAGAGUUCGCUUUUUU